GCCCCCCCCCCCGCUAUGGUGCCCGCCUGGGCGGACGCCGCUUCUGCCGCCGCGUGCGCUGGUGGAGAGCAGCCGGGCGCGGGCAGCGCCGCCGCCGCCGCCCUCUCCUGCCCAGCUGCCUCGCCGGAGGAGCGGGACCCUUGCUCUGCCCCCCCCGCGCCACCCCGAAAUCUUCCCGAACUUGGUUCCCUCCGGUUGGCGGCGGCGCCAGCCCCAGCAGCACGCGGCUCGCUUGCUCGCUCCGAAGUAGGACACGGCGCCAUCUUUUGCACAGGAGAGAGAGGCUGGGUUAAAGAACUUGUUCUUGACAACUGUAGGUCAAAUGAAGGCAAAAUAGAAGGCCUCACAGAUGAAUUUGAAGAGCUGGAAUUCUUAAGUACAAUCAAUGUAGGCCUCACCUCAGUUGCAAACUUACCAAAGCUAAACAAACUUAAGAAGCUUGAGUUAAGUGACAACAGAAUCUCAGGGGGACUGGAAGUCCUGGCAGGAAAGUGUCCGAACCUCACACAUCUAAAUCUAAGUGGCAACAAAAUAAAAGAUCUCAGUACAAUAGAACCUCUGGAAAAGUUAGAAAACCUGAAGAGUUUAGACCUUUUCAAUUGUGAGGUAACCAACUUGAACGACUACAGAGACAAUGUCUUCAAACUUCUUCCGCAACUCACAUACCUGGAUGGCUACGACCGGGCUGACAAAGAGGCUCCGGAUUCAGAUGCAGAGGGUUAUGUGGAAGGCCUCGAUGAUGACGAGGACGACGAAGAUGAAGAGGAAUUCGACGAAGACGCUCAGGUAGUGGAAGAUGAGGAGGAUGAAGAUGAGGAGGAAGAAGGAGAAGAGGAGGAUGUGAGCGGUGAAGAAGAGGAAGAUGAAGAAGGUUAUAAUGAUGGCGAAGUAGAUGAUGAAGAGGAGGACGAAGAAGCGGCAGUAGCCGUAGCGGAGGAAGAAAGGGGGCAGAAGAGGAAACGAGAGGCGGAUGACGAAGGAGAUGAAGACGAUUAAAAUAACCUAUUUUGGAAAGAGAAAAAAACAAAUUUCCUAUUGUGAUUUGACUGUUUCUACCCUGUAUUUCAACCCCCCCUCUUGGACUUCCCCCCCUCCCUGGAGUGUAACGUUGCUGUGGGAUUGAGAGGGAAAUGCAUAAUUGGGUGGGUGAGGGAAACAAAAUAACUUUUUUUUAAACUGCCACUCCCCUUCCCCCCCCAUCCUCUGAAGAAUUUUCUUUUGUGUCCAUUACUAGUUCCUGUUAAAAUGCAAUAGCAAGUAUAAAGGAAGUGGUGAAUUUUUUUCUUUAUUCCUGGAGUGGAUAAUUUUGGACAUCUUUUGGGUUUUUUGGUUGUUGUUCUUUUAGUUUUUGUUUUUUAAAUAAAAAGAAAAGGAUGAACAAGAAGACUUCCACAUGGCGAUGCAAAGUUGGUCUAAAUUGAGAUGGUGGUGAGAUCUCCUGGGUCCUUAGAAUUGAUGGCAUUUGCCAGUGUCUGAGCAUAUUGUAAGUACAUAUAAAUAUAUUUUUCCCUUCUCUUCUGGAUGCAGCAAAAUCUGCAGUGAAAGCAUUCCGGCCACAGCAGUGCGGGGGUGCAGACAGCAUCUUGAUAAAGUGUUUUCUUUGUUGCCUGUUUGUGAAUGACUGCCGUUUCCAGAAACCCCCCCCCCCCACACACACACACUUCUUAGAGGUAACACUUUAUUUUGCUGUUUGUAAAUAGUGACCAAAUGACGUGAUUCCCUCACUCACCCCUUUAUGAUUUUCCUGUUUGGUUAGUGGGAGUGAUUUUGCAAAUCUUCGCUUGUGAGUUCCCCUCACUUUUCUUAAUCCUUCCCUCGCUCUUCUCUUCCUUUAUACUGGUUUAGGGCACAAUCCCACCAGGGAAGUUCUCCUUGAACAGGGGUUGUGCAAGAGCAUGGCAGUUCCUUUGCGCAGCCCCUUUCCCUGUCGGAGCGUGCUCUUGCUUUUUAUGUAGGGUAUACAGAAAGGUUCUCUGUAAACGGCAGUCACUGAAAUAUCUAUAAAUAUAUAUAAAAAGUGUUCCUAAUUUCCUGAGUUAACUGGUGAAAUGAAUUUGACAGUUGUAAUAAUAAAAAAAGGAAAUGUUUGAACCCUUUUAACUAAGGUGUGUACUAUUUUGGUCUGUAAAAUAUUAUAUAUAUAAAUAUAUUAACACCUCCUUGAUAUUUUAAGUGACAAGAGUCUGUUUCCACUUGUGCUCUAUAAUACUCUGAAGAUUUUUACAAACCUUUAAACAAAUACAGGAGGGGGCGAUGCCGCAUGCCUGGCCAAGGGAGGUUUCUUUUCAUACACUCAAGCACGGAAUGCGAAUACAGAAGUUGUAUUUUCUUACCUAUUUGGGGAGUCAGUAAAUUUGACUGCAAAGUACCUAGUUGAAUGUACAGUUUUAAUUUCGUACCCCUCUUUAAAAAUAGCGGUAGAAGUAACUUGUAUUUCCUAGCCAGUAUCUCAUCUGUGUAUAAAAAAAACAAAAGGGGGAAAAAUUGCAACCUUUUCUCUUCUCCCCCUUCACCCAGAGCCAAACUUUUGAGUUUUGUGUCUUGUUUGUCAUUGAUGAAUUUCAAUAAACCUUUUUAUACAAUU